UAACUGUCCUUUAUCACUCUCAAUCAAAAAGGUUUGAAAAAUAUUUAGGUCCUUUCAGAUCUUAUAUUAAAUUAGAUAAUACCUACCUUAUUUCUGGGCUUAUCAAGUUUUCAAAAUCAGGAAAAAUUAUGGUAGAGGCAACUGAAAUUGAUUAUUUAACAACCUUAAAUAAUACUAUGCUUGAAAGUUCUUCUUCGACACUAUCUGGCACUAGAUCAAUUAUUGACAUCAUUGCUGAUGAUAUUGAAUCUCGAAACCAAGAACCUAUGACUUCAGUUAAAUAUAAUAUUAGUGCUACUUAUGAAGACCCGGAAGUUAGUAAUAAUACAAAAAGUAGUCUGUCUCGUGAAACAAAAAAAAAUUGUCAAAUGAACUUUGCCAAUCCGCCUCAUGAAACAAAAGAAAAUUGUCAAAUGAACUUUACCAAUUCGGGCACUCAAGAAAAUAAAAAAGAAAAACAAUCAAAUUACGAAGAUAAAGAAAUUAUUAACUUAGAUGAAGAUGAAA